CUUUGAAGUGAAGGUAAGAUGAGCAUGUUUGCUGUUUUGGCUGCAGUCUAGCAGGACAGCUCAGCAGUAUCUGAUUGCAGAUUAAGACUGAAAAGAGGCUUUUGAAAGCAAAUUAAAAACCCUGUUAAUCAACUGUAUUUUGAGGGUCAGGUUCUCUUUUUUUUAAAAAUUAAGGAAAUAGUUGGUUUUCCUUGUCUCUUACCACUGUAUCAAUGUCAUUCUCAUUGCUUUAUUAGACAGAAGAUUCAAUAGUAUCUACCCUAAAAAAUUUAUUCUUCUGUUAUGUAGAGAGAGAAUGGACCUGCUUCUGGAAAUUCAGGAAAAAAAGUUCUUUUUUCGCACUUGAAUUUUACUUCUCUGUUUUUCCAAAUAAGUCACCAAGAAUAAUAUUUGUCAGGUCUGCAUCCUCAUUGACACAGCAACAACUCCAUGGUUGUUAGACUCUUUCUGAAACAUUGUUAGAAAAGCCAGCUGUUAAGGCAGAGUCUGCCUUUCUGUGGACUGAGAAUGCACAUGCACACACAGGUAUGUGUGUUAAUGUUAAUAAGCAAGGCAUCAUGCUAGGUUUAGCUUACCUUUAUUAAAGGCUAUUUCCAAAAAAACUCAUUACAUUAGGUUUAACAUCUGUGAGUAAUCUAUACUCUCACCCUGUAUAUGAAUUGCAGUUGUUUUUUAAUAGAAUAUAUCAAUCUGGCUGAGAAAGUUUUAGCCAGAUGCCAUCUAACUUUCCAGCAGGUUCACACAGUUAAGCUAUUGGACUCCUUUGUAAUUUGUAAUUGUCAUAUGUUGUCUUAACUGUAUUUCUUAUUAAAAUCCAAAUAUAUAUUCUUGCAUAAAAUGAGACCACUUUUUGCCCUUUAGCCAACCUCCUUCCUGAAGUUUGAGUAUUUCUGUAAAUCCAUAGAACUCCCAGCUUUUCCUGAAUGCAUCCUGCUUUGACCUGUGAGAAGCUGUUCGUUUUACACAUGCAGGAUGGGGGUCAGUCAGUUGGUAAGGAUGCUGUGGUGCCAUCAGUCUGCUCUGUUAUAGAACAGAAUCAAAAAAAAUGUGUAGCUGCUGUUUAGUGUGAUGGGUCAGUGAACCUAAGGAAAACAUGAUUGUGGCACAUAGGCCAGUGUGUAAGAGAAAGUUUAUUUUUUUUUCUGCUGUGCCAAUCCUUAAUGGUACAGUAUAAUUAAUCUUCUUCAUUUUCCCCCAAAGAAACUCUCUGCAGACUGUUACUGUAUCCUUUAUAUCCUCAGGUAUAAUGAUGGUCAGCAACCACCAAGCAAGCUUACAUGUGCAAAUCUGGCUAGCAGAAGGGGAUUAAUUGUGUGACUAUGGAGUAAAGCUUAUUUUUUCAGAACACUUCUAAAAUAAAUUGUCCUUUGAAAGAGCUCCCCAGAAUUUGUAACAUCAUUCUCCCUGGGGAAUGGAUGUGCCUCCACUUUUUUCUGUAGGUGAUGAUUUCCAGUGCCUGCAUACUGAGGUGGUUUAUUUCUAGGGAUGUAACAGGAUGCCUCUCUUUUAGGGAAAGUGCUGCUCCCUGAGAAGACUGGUUGUUUUUUAUGCAUAGGAAAAACUUCCACUACCACUGAUGAUCCAUCAGCUCUUAAGACAUUUUCUUUUAGCUUUGUCAUCUCACAGGUGACAUUAACUUCUUUACAGUGCAGUGCCCCAGACACAUCUAUUUACCUGCCCAUGGAUUUGCUUAGGAUAUUGGAAAAAGAAACAGAUCAAACGAACAGUUUCAGCAGCAUAAUGUCAGUGCAUUUUACAUGUGCCGUAUCAAAGGCAACUUCAAAUGAAAACUAAAAAUCCCCCUUCUUCCUCCUCCGUCAGGAGGAGUCCUCUGGUUUCAUUUUUGGGACUUUGCUCAGCUUUUCCCCGCCGAGCUCCGCAGCAGCGUUGGGCGCAGAGUCGCGGGUCCGACUAAUCUGAAGCGCUCCGGCCUCUUAGCGGGGAGCGCUAACAAGGCUCCUUUGUGAGUCUAAUUAUAUCCCUAAGCUGGCGGCCGCAGAUUAGCACAGGACAGCCGGUGGCAGAGGGCUGAGGAGUCCCAUGCUCUGCUCGGCCGGCAUCGCCCGCGUCUGCCGGGGACGGAGCCCGGGAGGGUGCCCCCACCACCCCCGGUGCCGCCUCGGCCCCGCCGCUUGGCUCUUGGGCCGCUGCCGCUCCAUGACGGGAGGCUGCUCCGCCAGCCGGGAGCUCUGCCGGGAGCCGGAGCGAGGAGGCGCCACCGCGGAGCCUGGGAAGAUGAAAGUGGUGGUGGAUAUUGUAGCACAGAAAAUGCCUUCUGAAAAUGACAUUCAUGUAGCGAGGAGCUAUCUUAUCAAGAUCUUGACAAGUUCCAUGAGAAGGAAUGACCUAGCCUGCAGGCCACACUCCUGGCACGCUACCAAAUUUACCGAAAGUCAACCUGAGGCAGCCACGUCACACCUUGCCUCGUCUAAUGCCUGCGCCUCCUGGCACUCGAGCUACCAUGCGAGUAGUUGUUCUUCUCAUGACUUAUCAAACUCAUGGGAUCAGUCAAGUCUAUAUCGCACUUCUGACCAAUUCAGCUCUUUGGGAAGUAUGGACAGCUGGGACCACACUCCCCAAGUAGCCCAGUAUGGAAGACUUUCUUCUGCAAGGUCUAAUAGUAGCAUUGAUCAUCUAGGGAGCCAAAGUAAGCGGGAUUCAGCCUAUGGGUCUUUCUCCACAAGUUCUAGCACCCCUGACCACACUCUGUCCAAUGCGGACACUUCUUCAACAGAGAACAUGCUUUACAAAGUGGGGCCCUGGGAGACUGCUAAGCACGGAAGCAAGUCUGGCCAGUUUUUGAAUGACAGCAGUGGAACAGAGGACAAACCUGAGUAUUUGCCAGCUCCCAUCCAAUACGAGAACAACAAAAAUCCUAGAACAGAGGAACACCCAGAUGGCAAGCUCACUAGCUCAGGAAGAUCCAGUUUUGGACCUGUCUGGUACAUUCCUGAUAAGAAGAAGUCUUCAUCUCCUCCCCCACCACCUCCACCUCUUCGUAGUGACAGCUUUGCUGCCACCAAGAGCCAUGAGAAAGCCCAGGGCCCUGUGUACUCAGAGGGUGCCAGCACACAGCACUUUACAGCCCUGAACCGAUCUCAGCCCAGGAGUGACUGGAGUUUGGAAACUGCAGAGCAGCAGCGACGGCCCUCCAGAGCAUGUGACAGGAGGAUCAGCAGCUCAAAUUACAAAUCUGAUCUCAGUUCAGAACACACUUUUUCUUCAGCUGGUGAAAGGUACAGUAGUAAUGCAGGAACUGUGAACAAACUGCAGCCAUCCUUGUCCAGCACCGACAUUAGGUUUGCACAGUCUGCUUACUCCUACCACCACCAGCACCAGUACAGCGAUGAAAGCACCUUUUAUCACAGUGCAAGAAUCUUAGCUGCACCUAAGGAUCAGCAACAUUAUCUGUCCUACAGUGGCAUUCAGGAGUUAACUACAGAUCAUUUUCAUGGCUACAGUCCAAAUCAAGCCAGUCUGCUCAACACUUCCUCUUUGAACAGUGCUGCUGAACAGAAGGUGGACAACACUGGACAAAGUCGAUAUUAUUGUGUGACAGCAAAACAGCCUGCUCAGGGAAGCUCAAAGCCACUACAACUCAAGGAUGACAGCUGGAAGCCUGCAGUGGGAACUGAUUUGUCACCUGGACCUCAUGAAAAUUCUGCAGUUAUUACAAUGGCCCCAAACCCAAAAUACUAUCUACCUCAACAAUCUAUUGAAUCUUCACUGACAAGGUGUGAGAGCAGUAGUCAUUAUCCCGUGGACAGAGAGGGAGAUGCUAGGUGUGCUGUAGUAGAAGAGUCUAAAAAACCUAAUCAUACUGAAAAAUCUGGACAAAAGAAAAGCUGUGAGAAUAGCUCUGAGGAAAGUGAAACUAGGCACGGUCAGCAGGAGUAUGUAAAGGGCUGUGUCCUUACCACUGAAAACAGAUCUGCUCAGAAAGAUUUUAGGUGGGGGAAAGAUGAGAGUAGCAAGAUUUCUCCUCAGAAGACACCAAUGUUGCACUCUUUAGCUCAGGAAGGGAAAAAACAGUCUGACAACAACCCAGAAGUAAUAUCAGAACGACAGACCUCAUUUGACAGUCACCUGUCUAAACAGGCACGAAGGAGUGACCGUUUUGCAACAACCCUCAGAAAUGAGAUCCAAAUGAGAAGAGCAAAGCUGCAGAAAAGUAGAAGUACUGCUACACUAGUAGGGUCAUCUGAAACAGAGGAGUGCAGUGAGGCCUGGAAACCAGAUUCAACAGAGAAUGUCAUCGCCUCCCCUGACACAAACUUUACCAGCACCUACAAAGAUCACCUCAAGGAAGCCCAGGCCAGGGUUUUGAGCGCGACGUCCUUCAAACGUCGGGACUUGGAGCCCAGCCCCGCUGAAUAUCUCCCCAGGUCACCUGAGCGGAAAACUGGUAGUUACAACUCUUCAUUGCUGGUUUCUGAAGAUGUCUCUGGAUUCCUUGAGGCUACACAAGCCAAACCAAACCCUACAGGGAGUGGCACUCAUCAUGUUUCUCGGAUUGGAGCCAGGAAGAGGUUCACAACAGAGCAAAAACUGAAGUCAUACUCAGAACCAGAGAAGAUGAAUGAGGUGGGCAUGUCAGAGGAUGAAUGCCAUGCUCAUUGCCGUCCAAACAUAUCAGAAGAAGCCCUGGGCUCAUUUGCAGACAGGUGGAAAUUUUUUGAAGAAACAAGUAAGCCUGCAUUUAGAAAAUCAUCACAGAAACCAGGUCCCCAUAGUCUAGCAGAGGGACAGCCUGAGAGGACAGAUAGGAAAGCACAAGAGGGAGAGGAGCUGUGGUAUGAGAGAAGAGGUCGGGUAACCUCUGUUGGACUUGAAACUGCUCAUGCUUCAAAAGAUAGUGUCCACCAUAGCAGCAGCAAUAGGGCUGCUGAGAGGAUUGGGAAACCUGCACAGCCACUGCGCCUGGGAACCUUUGCAGAGUAUGAGGCAUCGUGGAAGGAGCAGUGGAAGCCAAUAGAGCCAAGGGGCUCAGGAAGGUACCAUUCAGCUGAUAAUAUCCUCGAUACAGGCCAUGAACAGCUUGGGAAAUCCCAAUACACCCACGAGAGGUCUAGAUCAUCCCCUUCCACUGAUUUCUACAAACAGGAAGUAUCAGUUGAAGUAAGGAGGCAAGCAGAGGAUUUAAAAGAAGAUGGGGAGUGUAUUUUCUCUAACACUAACAAACUGGAUGAGAGGAACUGCACUGUAAGGCAAGCUGACACAGGGGUCCUGAGGGAUAGCCCACAAGAGAAGAGUGAUCAACUGGACCAGAAUUUAGGCCACAAGUGGAAGUCUUCUGUCAGACCUUUGCACGUGCAAGAGCCUACAGUUCUGCCUCACGAGAGUCGGGGCAGGUCUGGGACACUGCCUAGUGACUACCGAUACUCUCAGGAAAAUGUGAAUGAGAAGAGCAAGGAUUGUAGCCUGCCUCACCUGCCCUACUCUGAGCCACAGACCUUGAACGAGAACCACUCCUCUCAGUCCUGGGGCAAAGGAGAGGAAAACCAUAGAAUAGAGCCAGUGCUGCUGAACAAGAAGCGUGGACCUGCUCCUCAGAGGCCACCCCCACCUAAAAGAGAUAAAUACAGGCGACCAGAUAUUUCUGCACCAUCGCUCGGCUCCUCUUCUGAAUCUCUGCUGGUAGCAGCCAGCCGGCCCUUUCUGUCCUCAUCCCCCAGCUCCACCCAAGUCUUUGCCAGUCAGUCCUCUCUCUGUCAGAGCCCUGCAGCUUUCAAUGGAAAACUGAAGAGUGCUAAUCCACAGCAGCUCCAGCAAGUGUCAUCCACAGAGAAUGUUUGUCAGCACUUAGAAGAAAAAACACACCUUAAGUCUGAGUCUUCCAAGUAUCGGUAUCUUCAAAAACCUGGCAUGGAGUCAUCGAGGUCCCCUUCUCCCCAGUUUGCACCACAGAAGCUCACUGACAAACCUCCUGUGUCCCUACAGGAUGAGAACCCAGCCAGAAUUGAAAGGGUUAUAGACAACAAUACUACAGUGAAAAUGGUUCCCAUCAAGAUAGUUCAUUCUGAGAGCAGCGCAGAGAAGGAGAGUCGGCAGAGCCUUGUCAGUACCAUGGAGCCUCCUGCUUUACCCAGUGGUUUGGAAAAGGACCAGAUUAAAACACUCAGCACUUCUGAGCAAUCCUAUUCACGAUUCUGUGCUUACACCAGGCAAGGUGUAGAGCCAGAGCCAGAAGCCAGAGCCAAACCAGUUGACCCUCAACCAGCUGAAGAACCUGGGAGCAACUUGAAGGACAGCAGUGCUGCCACGCAAGCAUCCAGCUAUGUAAAGGCCAAAGAAAAGACCUUUGAAGACUGGAAGUCAGAGGAACUCGCCAGAGAAAUUGUGGGAAGAGAUAAAUCUCUGGCAGACAUACUAGAUCCUAAUGUGAAAAUAAAAACAACAAUGGAUCUGAUGGUUGGUAUAUUCCCUAAAGAUGAACAUCUCCUAGAAGAAGCUCAGCAGCGCAGGAAGCUUCUGCCAAAAGUUCCCUCUCCAAAAAUUUCAGAAGAGAAGAAAGAGGAGCAGAGUGCACCAUCUGCCAUCUCCCUGACAACCAAUUCUACUUACUACAGCACAUCUGCACCAAAGGCAGAGCUCCUGAUUAAAAUGAAGGACAUGCAGGAGCAGCAGCAACAGCAGCAGAGUGAGGAUGAUUCUGAAGAUGAGCUGGAUCAUGACUUGUCAGAGAAGAAGCAAGAACUUAUUGACAGCAUUAGUAGGAAGCUGCAGGUGCUGAGAGAAGCACGGGAGACACUUCUGGAAGACAUCCAAGCAAACAACAUCCUGGGAGAGGAGGUAGAGGCCAUUGUGAAAGAAGUCUGCAAACCAAAUGAGUUUGACAAAUUCAAGAUGUUUAUUGGUGACCUUGACAAAGUGGUCAACCUCCUGCUGUCCCUGUCUGGUCGUCUGGCCCGGGUGGAAAACGCCCUCAAUAACCUGGAUGACAACACCUCUCCAGAAGAACGGCGGACAUUGGUAGAUAAGCAAAAGCUGCUGACCCAGCAACAUGAGGAUGCAAAGGAGCUGAAGGAAAACCUGGAUCGUCGAGAGCGCAUUGUCUUCGACAUUUUGGCGAACUACUUGAGCGAGGAGAACUUAGCAGACUACGAGCACUUUGUGAAAAUGAAGUCAGCCCUCAUCAUUGAGCAGCGAGAGCUUGAGGACAAGAUCAAACUGGGGGAGGAGCAGCUGAAGUGUCUGACUGACAGCCUCCAACCCGAGCGGCUCAAAUAAGGGCACUGAGUCCAACCAACAACGGGAAAAAUGGGAAAGAAGGAAGGGAUAGGGCAGUUUCCAAGUAUAAAAAUGAGUCUCUUGGCUUGCUUGAGUGUCUGGUAGAGAAACAAGCGCACAAGAGAAAAUUAGCUCUCACAACAGCAAUAAUGCUCUCUUUCAUUUCUUUUGAAUGAUGUAUUUAAUUUUUUAGAACACAUUUUUAUUGCUGGACUCUACAGCUGUUCCUUAUUGCUUAACUUCCAGAAAGCUUCACAAAAGAGGAGAGACUCUUAACCUUUCUGCUCAGUGAGUGUGUUCAAAGUCUGUGGCAGUUGUGCAUGCAAACAAUGGUUUUUAGAAUAGGUUGUAUACUUCCUUUACGUUCGGAUGCUGCACAGUCUGCUGGGAAACCCUACAGCAAUUCACAAAUGCACACACAUUUAGAAGCUCUAAAUUUAGUGGGUUUUUAUGUUUUUUUAAAGACACAUUGAAUAGGGGAAGCAUGCAUCUUAUAGCUAAUAUAUUCAGAUUGCUGAAAUACAGUGUCACUCUGAUCCUGUGGCAUCAGACACUUUUUUGUAAUAUUGUAUAUAGGAUGGCACUUUCCCCUUGCAGAAAACAACUUCAAAAUCAGUCUAGUUAAAUGCUUCUUAAGCAGCUUGCAAAUCACCUAAUGCCUACCUUGAUGAAGAUAUUUUUUAAAUUAUUUUGCAAGACAUAUUUUUACACCCUCUUAAUGCAAUGCAAGUGAUUUUCUUUACCAAGUUGUACUUGAUUUAAGAAACGGGCUGGAAGUACUGUGCUGAUUUUAUUCAAAACAUUUUUCAUCUAAAUUAUUUAGAAGGCUCAUUUGCUUUUUUUAUGCAUGUUUUUAUUCUUCUUGUCCCAAACCCAUUACACUUUAUGGAAAUAAAUGUAGGUUAAGGACACUGCUUGUCUUUUUCUUCUGGUUGCUCAACGUUGUGAUGGUUUUAUAUAGACAAUUAAGUUACACGGAAGUUGACCUUCAUAAUGCUGUUUGUUCCUCUUUCUCAGACUACCAAAUGCAAUAGAAACAAUUCUGUCAUGUAAAUACUGUGCAUUACUUGGAGCAACUCUGUGUUGUAACUGUGAACAUAAGUGGGGCUGUUUGCUUGCUUUUUCCCAUUGAACAGUGAUAAAGGAGAGGAUGUUAGUUCACAGUAUCAGAUCACUAAUCUGAUCUCCUAACACUGCCAUUGACUUAGAUAAUUUCCAGUAGCUCUAAAAAGAGGUGCUAACUCAUGUUUGCAGCGCAGUAAUGGGUUAUGCUGACUUGCAUAGAUACCUGCAGUAAAAUUCUAUAGCGUCUUAAGUGUCAAGUUCAAUGUUAAGAUAAAGUUUUGCAGGCAAAGAAAGUCUGGGAAGACUUUGUGUAUAUGCCAUUUCCAUUGUCGUAAGGAAAAGAUUUAUCUCUCCUCAGACAAAUAGGUUCCCCAUCCAGAAGCCAUUUUCAAGGCUGAUGUGAAUGCCAGUCUGUAGCUAAGCAGGUUGAAAAUACAGUCAGUUGUUGAAAAGAGAGCAAAGAAUUCUUCCCACUAUUCCUUCAGUAUGGCAGCAUUCACAAGAGUUUUUCUGUCCUUACCUGAAUCCUCUCUUUUGUGGGAGCGAACUGGAAAGACACUGAUCAGUGAAUUCCUUGUGAGUUGGGGAACUGGGGAACAAAAAUCCUCUGGAACCAGUUCCUUCACAGACAGGUGCAAACAUUAAAAAGACUGUUGCCCCCACACCCACCCUUAUCGUGCACUGCUUUGUAUACCUGGACCAAAUUUUAAUUGAAAUGAUGUUGAUGUGCAUCAGUUGAGGUCAACUGGAGCCACCAUUUUACAAGACCUACAGCUGACCUUAGUUUCUCCCUCCUCGUUCGGAAAUGUAGUCUUCUGGCAUCUCACAGUUUUUUGCUGCUAUGUUCCCAGGACAACUGAUCCCUUUGUCCUUAAACCUAUCCCUUAACCAUAACAAACCCAAAACUAAACAUAAAUAAAUUAUGCUUGUCUUAGCUUGGAGAAAAGUGUGCAUUGUUUUAUCUGUGGCAUUUAAAAAAUUUUGCAUAUUGUGGUUACUCUGAAAUGUGUAUGUGAAAUGUGAAGAAUAAUAUAAUUACAAUGUGUUUGUAUACAGUACUUUGAUUUAGAUCUCUGAUAAAAGGUAGCAAUAUUGUGAAAACUAUAUCUAUUAUCCUUUUCACAGAACAGUUGCGUAGACACUAAUAUCUCCUUUCCUUUUUCAAAACUUUUGAAAAUCACUCACCCUGAAAACGUGAAGAUGUUGGCCUCCCAAUGUUAUAUGUAAAUCUGUAAAUAGCUAUACUGUUGCUUUUUGAAAAAAAUCUGGUGCUAAUGUUUUGCCUUUGGCGUCCUGGGGAUGGCUGUUUCUUCAUCCUUUGUUGUUCUCAAUUCUAGAUCUCUUUGUAUAGUGAAAGAUUUCCACAAUGCUUCUCCAACUGUUUGGAUCCUGCAGCCCAGAGUGAAAAUGUACAGUUUUCCUGCCUGACACUUAACAUGUACCUACUGACAAACGGUAUUGCUUGACUUCGAGAAAAUAAACUGUAUAUUUCAAUGUA